GCCAACCUGUAGAAGAUCGCACUAUAGGUUAGGAUGACACAAAACCAUGGGCCAAAAAAGAGCAAACUUUCCCGGGCUAAGGCCCCGCGAGUGAGAACUGGAUGUGUCACUUGUAAUUUAGCAAAACCCGCCAUGUGAAAUGUGAUGAGACCAAGCCAACGUGUCAGCGAUGUCAGCACGACAGUUACAGAUGUGACGGCUAUAAGAUAACCCCUAGAAAAAAGCCUGGCCCUAAGCCGAAGACGCAACCGAAACCAAGUGGUGAUACCCAGAUCAAUAUGGUUCAUCUACUACGAAUAUCCAAGGGGAGGGACCCACCAGCACAAGCAUUGCCACAGACGGGCACGCAUCAAACUCCAUCAUCUUGCGUUGGAACGGUUCCAAAAUCUAUCCUCCACAAUUUAUUUGCCAACAACCCCGAUUCAGUUUUUUUUCAUCAUGCCCAACUCCUCGUCAUCAAUCAUUUGGCCGAGGGAUCGGGCCCUACGGACUUUUGGUACUACUAUGCGAUGCCUCUCGCGCAUAGUAUAACGCCGCUCAAGUACGCCAUUUGUGCGCUGGGUGCUGCCCAUUGGCAUUUUCUAGUCAGCGAUCCCGGCAAUUCCCACACCUCUAAAGAUCUUAUUCUAAGGUCUGAGAUUGCCGCUAUUGAAAGAUGUAAUGCUGCUAUUGAGCAUAUUCAGUCCUUUUCCCAGAGCUUCACCUCCGAUAUGGACGCCUACGUUCUUAUGAUGUGCUGCGUCAUCUUCGUCUGUAUCGAAAACCUACUAGGUCGGUAUUCAGAGUCUGUGCGACACUUGCGAGCGGGAAGCAGUCUACUAAGCUCUCGCUCGGCACCAUGGGCCACACUAUCAGCUGCGCCGGAUCUUAAAAACGCCCUCUUUAUAGUAUUCUACAAGCUGGGCCAUGACAGCGCGAUUUUCAAUAAUAAUAAUGCACUCGGAAAUCUAGCCUCUGGCUUUCCUGUCCCCGAUAUGGGCAGCCGGUACGAGCCUUUUGCAAGUUAUGAAGAAGCCUCGAAAUCACUACGGCAGGUUGACCUUAUCUACAAUAUUUCUUUUGCCUCAGCAGUGGCUGCUCCUGAUCAUUCUUUAAUAACAGCCAAUGAGUCUCCACGGCAAGAAUACCUGUCAUUAAGGUCAGCCCGAGAGGCAUUAUCCAUCUGGAAUCAGCGAUUUAAGAUCCUCCAGCAAUCCAGCGAUCAAUACCUCCAGCAGCAACCACAGAAUCAUCAACCAGGGUUUGCAAAGCUUCUUUUAGAUCAAAGUAUCUGGGGACUUUUAACCGAAAUGACAACAUUCAAAGAUCCAGUCAGCGUCGGCAGCUGUGAAUCAGUCUUGUCCAAGAUUGAGUCCCUUGUUCCGAUGUGCGAGUCACAAAGACAUCGCACCUUUGCGAUUGGUAGUGACAUCGUUCCCGUGCUAGCCUUGAUCUGCGUUUCCUGCAAGGACCGCGAUACUCGUCUGCGUAGCGUUGCCACGCUGCGUUCACUGGGGCGAAGAGAAGGGGUCUGGGAUAGUGGCCAAGUUGCCGAGGCGUGCGAGGCACUGAUUAUGGAUCGCUACAUGGGACAGCAGGACACGAAACGGAAUGGCCAAGGGGCCUUUGUGCAGCGCUGA